UCACUCGGGGUCAGUUCAGUCUGCGCUCAACCGGAGGCCGCGUCGCGUCUCCACCUAGACCAGCCAUCAUCACCAUCAUCAGCACCACCGCCUCUCCUUGGACGUGCCUAUCCUCCCCUCGUGAUCCUGUGUCGUUCUCUCUUGCUCGCGUUAUCAGUACCCCCGAAUGGGACACUUAGUGGACGAUAAUCAGGAAGGAUGAUACCCAAUCAGCUAUAAACGAGGCAUCGCGACGUCUUCCUCUUCUUUGACGCCGCGUAUUGGCCGCCACUACGUGCCUGGAUCGUACGGGAUCUCGGGAACGAUUAAAGCCGGUACUCUGACCUGGUGGAGGUCUCGUGCCGUGCCGACCUCAAGGAAGAAAUCUCGAAAUGGAGAAGAGCCAGAACCGCUGAGAUGUCGCGGAGGAUUCGUGAGACAUGAAAGAGACAAGGGUGGGUGACGUGCCUUGAGAAUCCCUUUCAUCCCUGCCUUUGAUCUACUUCUUUGGCUUUCAAGCAUAGAUUCGUUAUUGGAUAAAUAUGGUUCCUGGUGGAAGACACCGUUAUCGUUUAUCCUGGUGAUUGUUCCAGUAAUUUUUAACGGCAGUGUCCUGUGUAUCUGCUACCUGCACAAUAUUCAAAUUCUGGUCUUGUUCGUAAAUAUGCCACAAAACCGAAAGUACAUAACAUAUUUUUUAAUACUUUAUAUUAACUUAUAAUUUUUCUAUUUCUCAAUCAAUUCUUUGUUAUCCUGCGCUGCUUGUCGUUACCGUAGCCUAUAUAUUCAGCGUCUGACACGUUAACCACCCCCAAUUUUUUCUUCUUUAUGGUGGUAAUACGAUCUUGACGCCACGGGGCAAACUCAAUAUUAAUAGACACUAGAAUAUUCUAUAUUAAACCUUCAUUUUUCCUUCUAUACCUGUUCGACGUUCGCGUGCUACGUUAGACCAUAUUGCUCUAUGGUUUUUUUUCUGGCCUCUGAUCACCCUAACCUAUAUUCGCCCUACUUUCGGGACUGAACUUGCAAUAUUAUUACUUCAUAUAUGAGGGUUAGCAAGGCAAUUCCUGUUUUCUAUACCUAUACCCUUUUGUCCCUCCGACCGUUACUAGGGGUGCGUGUUCCUUUCUUGAAUUCCUCGAAAAUACAUUGUUUACUCACGACUACGAAACUGUGAAUCGCACGAAUAUCGUGACAGUGGAAGUCAACCGUAACUCCAUAUAUUACAUCUAAUAGUGAACAAUCCUUUCGACCCAGGACUGUUUACAUCUUAACCUCUCACACCCUUCCGACAGACGUCGCCUUCCAUGGUUUCUUCUUUUCCACCACUUCUUUCUUCUCCUACGGUGUCGUCGCGACGCUAAUCCAGCUGAUCAAUUGGCACAAGUGUCACGGAAAUCACGAUGAUAGUGUGCUUAUCGGUAGACCUUGCGUGCGUGCACGCAGCCUAUCGAUUCUCGCGGCUGGCCUGCACGAUGUGUGACGUCACCGGGGGGGUGAGCAGAUACCGUUUCGAUCGCCACUGCGCGUUGUGCUCCAUGUUGAAUCGCAAAAAUUUGGGGCCAACGGUAGCAGAGCCGUGGUCAAAAUGAAUCUAAUAAACAUGGACGCGGAGAACCGCGUGGUUCUGAACGUGGGUGGUAUACGGCACGAGACGUACAAAGCGACCUUGAAGAAGAUCCCGGCGACAAGACUCUCACGUCUCACGGAAGCGUUGGCGAAUUACGAUCCCAUCCUGAACGAGUACUUUUUCGAUAGGCACCCUGGUGUCUUCGCCCAGGUACUCAAUUACUAUCGGACGGGGAAACUUCAUUACCCGACCGAUGUCUGCGGUCCACUAUUCGAGGAGGAACUCGAAUUUUGGGGUUUGGACUCCAACCAGGUGGAACCAUGCUGUUGGAUGACAUACACACAGCACCGAGACACGCAAGAGACCUUAGCGGUUUUAGACAGACUCGACUUGGAUACAGAAAAGCCAAGCGAUGAAGAAUUGGCUAGAAAAUUUGGAUUCGAGGAGGCCUACUACGACGGUUCGUUAUCCUGGUGGCAGAAGCUUAAACCACAAAUGUGGUCCUUGUUCGAUGAACCGUACUCCUCGAAUGCUGCCAAGAUAAUCGGACUUGUUUCGGUCUUCUUCAUCUGCGUUUCGAUCCUGUCCUUCUGCCUGAAGACGCACCCGGAUAUGCGCGUCCCCGUUAUAAUAAACAAGACGGUAAAAAGCGCCAACGUUACAUAUUGGGCACUGGACAAGACGCACACGAACGCCCAUGAUGCCUUCUUCUACAUCGAGUGCGUUUGCAACGCCUGGUUCACCCUGGAAUUUCUAAUCCGAAUAAUCGCAAGUCCAAAUCGGUGCGAGUUCAUAAAGAGCUCCGUCAAUCUAAUUGACAUGAUUGCGACCUUGAGCUUCUACAUCGACCUGGCGCUCCAGAAGUUCGCCUCGCAUCUUGAGAACGCCGAUAUCCUCGAGUUCUUCAGCAUCAUCAGGAUCAUGCGGCUGUUCAAGCUGACCCGACACUCCUCAGGCUUGAAGAUUCUCAUCCAGACCUUCCGAGCCUCCGCCAAGGAGCUCACCCUCCUAGUGUUCUUUUUAGUACUCGGCAUCGUCAUCUUCGCCAGUCUCGUAUAUUAUGCGGAGCGUAUCCAAUACAAUCCGAAGAACGACUUCAAGAGCAUACCACUGGGUCUAUGGUGGGCCUUGGUAACCAUGACCACCGUCGGCUAUGGGGACAUGGUGCCGAAGACUUACGUGGGAAUGUUCGUGGGUGCCCUUUGCGCCCUAGCUGGUGUCCUAACAAUCGCCCUGCCGGUGCCCGUGAUCGUCAGCAACUUUGCGAUGUAUUACAGUCACACGCAGGCGCGAGCGAAGCUUCCGAAGAAGAGACGUCGAGUGCUUCCGGUGGAGCAACCCCGGGUCAGAGCACUCGGGGCCCCGGGGGUCGGUGGGCCUGGCUCUGGCCAGCCAGCUUGUGGACAGCAGGUAGCCCUCCUACCCCCGGGGGCGGGGGACUGUGGGGGUGAACCCCCUGCAGCUCAAAAUAGACGUAUGAACGCCAUCAAGACCAACCAUCCCAAGGACCCGUUUGCAGCGAAAGCAGGAGUUAGAAGUUGGAGUCUUAGAAUAGAGUACAACGAUACUGAUGCGCAAUGCUGUAAGAAAUUCCUAACCAACUCCCAACACUAGGGUGCCCUUGAAGAUCGGGUGGCGCUAGGGUGUGCUUAAAGGUGGAUCAGGAUUAUGAUGAUGGGUAUGGAGGGUGUACAGAAGAGGGGAAUCGGAAUGGCUGGUCGACCGGAUGGCUCUAGCUCUUCUUUUUUUUUCCCCGCUGGGUUCUAGAGGACGACUGGAGGAAUUCUAACUUGCGAACCAACGGGACCAAGACAGCCGGAGGCUUGGGCUAACAGAAAAUCUAUACCGGAUAAAUCUCCACUGCCCGUGACGCGUCGAGUUCUCUUACGACUGGAAGUUGGAGAAAGAAAAAGAAAGAAGUUGGAGAGAAUUAGAGAUAGAUAGAGAGAGAGAGAGAGAGAGAGAGAGAGAGAGAGAGAGAGAGAAGGAAAAGCAGCCUUAAAAAUAAGGACGAAAGUAAGAAACCGAAAAAGUGAAAAAGAACUUCGCGAAUCAGAAAUGGACAAAUUUUUCGCAAGGCUUCGUAUAGAUGAGUUUGCCUUCAUCCAUUGUCACUUUGUUUCUCUUCUUUCUUUUAUUGCUUUUAUUACUCUCUUGUUGAUUUUAAUUUCCACUCUCUUCUCGUUUCAAAGGCGUCCCUCACAGCUAUAUUUAAUGAAAAAAAGCCUCGCGAUUAGUUUACCCAAUUCUGACGUAGAGGAAGAAUCACAGGAGAUGAUCAGGGAUACUCUCGAGAUCAGGAUAACUGACCCUACACUCUUGAGUAUAAAGGAAACAGAAACGUUUCGAUCGAUCACAAUCAUAGUGUAGCGCCCUAUGACCCCACACUGUCCCUCUCCUACACCCAUCCCUUGACCAAACCUCUAAUCCACUAUCACACGAAAAGUCUUCGUAACGAAAUCACGAAUUCCUCACACGAAUACGCUAUCCCAAAAUCCUUUAACACACCAUUACUGUCCCAGUCGAAUUUUGUAAAGACUGUGGUUUAAAAAAACAGAUGGAGAAUUCUAUUGGAAACAUUGUGAGCAGUAUUUUAUUCAUCUCCCUUUUUCAGACAUUUUCUAAACAUUUUUUCUAUAUCAAUUCAUUCUUACUCUAAUUCGUUAACGACUUUACUAUCAAUUAAUUCGACUGCGGACUCAUGUAAUUAACCCUUUCACUUAUUGCGCACCCUGAUGCCGCCGGGACCAAUCGGACGCCUCUUUCUAAAGCCCUAUUAAUUACAUAAAAUUCCUAUAAACCUCAUUCCUACGUGUCGUGACUGCAAAAAUUAUGUCAUUUUUGGAAUAACGGAGCUUGACAGUAAAACCUAACAAUUUUAAGAAAAAAAUAUAUUAUGAUCUGCCAUUGGAGUGUCAUGUAUUUUCUAUGAUAAAUACAUUAUUUACUAUUUUUUUUUACUUCUCGAUCAUACAUUCGAGGUGUCCCGUAACGAGUAAAUGUAAAAAAAAGUUUUUCCUUUUUUUUACUUAAGUUCACCCCUUAUAGACUUUAGGCAUAUCACGUGCAUACAGGGAUGUCAAGGACCUACAGGGAUAUCACAUAACAGAAAGUGAAUCUGAAAAAAAAAUCUAUUGUACAAUGGGGAUACGCAAGAGAUCUUUCAAAAAAAAAGAAAAAUUCAAAAAGUUUAAGCCAAAUGAAUCUGCGGUUGUUGCUACAACUGUACGGAGAAAUACGUUCAAUCGAAACUUACAUAUCCUUCCAUAUAUACAUAAUUAUAUGUAUAUAACUAUCUAUAUAAGGUUAGACAAUGCCAAGCUCCAUUUUUCCGAUAUCUUCAUUAUUACGAUUAUUUUUCUCGUCAUUCCUUUAUUCCUAGCCCUUCUUUACUCUAUAAUCAACCCCUACGACACCCUAGUGCACCUUCAUGACACGUACUCUUAUACAUAUAAUAUAUACAUGAAUAUAUAUAAAUAUAUAUAUAUUUAAUGCUACACAAAUCCAAAGACACACUAAUUACAGACGAUCGCACGAGAAAAACGGCGAAACCUAAUUUUACACGAUGACACGAAUUGCCUAUGAUAAAAUCCCAUUUAAGCCGUGAUAUCCUAUCACGAUCAUACGAUUUAAAUUGAAGCAUGCGCACACGAGUAAAUCCGAAGGUCGAAUUCGGCAGUUUCGUCAUAGCAACUGUAGAUAGCGUACAUGGCAUGAAACCAAACGGGUUUGAAAGUUCAGAUCGAUAGCACACGCGAAAAACAAUAGACCAAAGUAUAUCGCUACUGUAACAACAACAGAAAUCAAGUAAAGCAAGAACAAAAAUAUACCAUAUCCGCGGCGGGCUAGCAUGCACGUAUGCACGAUUUUAUGCAUCGUUUACGAUCACAUACAUUAACAAAUUCAAACAUAAAGACAUCGACACAAACAUCAGGCUACGUACGCGAGGUCACGCAUGUUAUAAAAAAUGAAGGAAAACAAAAAAAAAGUAUGCUAGGAGACAGCCGUUACACCCUUUUCUCACGACAUCCUGUAAGAGAGCAAGAAGGCUGGAAAAAGGUUUAAAAAAAAAAACAAGCGAAUUAAACAUAGUUGAAAAAUGCCCCUUUCGAUUAAUCUCCGUAGUUAAGCUAUCACUUUUUCUUACGACGAGGUCAUUUUGAUGAUAUUUCGGAGUUAUCGUUGCCGUUGCGUAUCGCCAUCAUUAUGAAAUUGUCGUCACGAUUUAAUUAUAAUUACGUCGCCUUGUCUGUGGCUGCGAAUUUAUUAUGAUUACUAUUAAUCUCGUUAUUAAAUGCUCGGAUGUUAAAGGACCUGGCUGAUGAGUCAUUAACGACGGUUACUAUAAGUUAUGAUAAGUAAAGGUGAAUUAUAUAUUAUACCGCCGGCUAAGCGCUGCGUUUACGAUAAACAUAGCUGGUUUGUAAAUAAACUAUUUGACUCUUUGAA